ACCACCUGAGGAAGGUUCCAGGGAAGAACCCCACCCCCACUCCAACCAGGUCACAAUGGCUGGAGCUCUGAGGGGCCCAGGCCCCCAGAGUCAGGAGAAGAGGAGGAAGUCCAAGGAAAGAUGGCUGGCAGUCACCCCUACUUCAACCUGCCUGACUUCACCCAGCCAUCGCCGCCCUCCACUCCGCCCAGCCUCCCCUCGCACCAGCGCUGCUGCCGGCCCUCCGAUGCCACCAAGGGUCUGCUCGUGGCCCUGCUGGGUGGGGGCCUGCCUGCUGGCUUCGUGGGCCCCUUCUCCCGUAUGGCUUACCAGGCUUCCCAUUUUCCCUCACUGGAGCUGCUCAUCUGCCGAUGCCUCUUUCAUCUCCCCAUUGCCCUGCUACUUAAACUGCGUGGCGACCCACUGUUGGGACCUCCUGAUGUCCGAGGCCGGGCCUGCCUCCACGCCCUGCUCAACGUCCUCAGCAUUGGAUGUGCCUACAGUGCUGUUCAGGUGGUGCCUGCUGGCAACGCUGCCACAGUUCGCAAAGGCUCUUCCACUGUCUGCUCUGCUCUCCUUGCCCUCUGCCUCGAGAGCCAGGGUCUCAGCGGCUAUGACUGGUGUGGACUAUUGGGCAGCACCCUGGGACUAAUCAUCAUUGUGGGACCUGGACUAGGGACACUGCAGGAGGGGACCACAGGCCUCUACACUGCUCUGGGCUAUGUGCUGGCUUUCCUGGGAGGCCUGGCACUGUCACUGGGGCUUCUGGUCUAUCGUUCCCUGCACUUCCCCUCCUGCCUGCUGACAGUGGCCUUCCUAUUUGGCUUGGUGGGGCUGCUGGGUUCUGUGCCAGGCCUUUUUGUGCUGCAGACCCCUGUGCUGCCUAACGACCCUCUGAGUUGGAGUUGUGUGGGGGCAGUGGGGAUCCUUGCCUUGGUCUCCUUUGUGUGUGUGAGCUAUGCAGUCACCAAGGCCCACCCUGCCCUGGUGUGUGCUGUCCUGCACUCUGAGGUGGUGGUGGCCCUGAUGCUGCAGUAUUACGUGCUCUAUGAGACUGUGGCACCUUCUGACAUCAUGGGGGCAGGGGUUGUGUUGGGCAGCAUUGCCAUCAUCACGGCCCAGAACCUCAGCUGUGAGAAGGAAGGGCAGGUGGAGGAGUGACAUCAAACUUGAGAGCCUGGGGGUUGGGGGGGCAGGGGUAAAUAGAGACACUGAAAUACAAAUAUGGGCAAAUCAGUGACUGGAAAAGAACUGGUGUGGGAGAGGGACACCUCUUGGAGUCAAGGGUGACUUGGGGAGAUGGUGGAGAGAGGGAGUAUGUGGAAGACCUGGAAACAAGUCUGGGGACCAAAGGAUGUAGAGUCUAGGCCAUGUCCUAGGAAUCAGGACUUAACUAAGGGAUAAAGUCUGAGGAGCAGAUCCAAGGGGUUGAGGCAGGCAGGCUGUGGGCCAUGGGGAGGACUUCCCUCAGCAGCAGAGCAUUGGGGCUGGAGUGUUCCCGGGUGUUAGAGUGAAGACAGAGCAAGCAGCUGCACUGGGGGAGGGAAUUCCCGCUGGGCCACGGUUUCCUUUCCUCAUGGUUGCGACCCACCUUGGGGUGGUAAUGUGACAUUGACAUCAAACAAGGAUUACUCUGAAUGUG